AUGAAGAUAACAACAGAUAAUAGCAAUGGCCACAAUGACACUGAUGGCCAUGAAAUGGUAUAUCCGCAGUCAUGGAGUAUUGUACUGCGCAAUAACGAAACCAGACAGUUGGUUCUAUACGACAAAGAAUCGCACACUGUUACAGUAAAGUCAUUGCAGUUGGUUCCACGAGAGCAACAGAUGCAUCGACAAUCGUUUUUUGAUUCGACUGCUGAAGAUACCAGCGGUAAUGGUAUGGAGCCUGGACCUACUCAUCGCGCGGUUGAUGGUAGAAGUUCUGAUGUAUCCACUUGUCCCUUGUGCAGACAACCACUCCAACACAAUAUAUCCAACACUCAACGACCGCCAGGUUCUGGAUCACAAACACAAUACACCGAUCCAUCAUCAUCAGACAAGUCGUUUAUCGAUGCCGACUAUUUCUGGAUGCUAUCACGACUAGAUCGACCAGCAAUUGAACCUCCAACUCGUGUCAUGACAAGACAAUCUAUUCAACCUAUUCCAAGAUUGGCAAAACCCAAUCUGUCGAUAUCGAAUACACCAGCAUUUACAGCAGAUGAUAUCCCGUUUUCUAGUUCUGCUUUUCCCGCAUCUCCAAUUUCAGGUUUGGACAAUACAGAAUCAAUCAAUGGGAUUGGAAUGCAGCGACAAAAAUCAAGUCAUUUAAAUAGCGACAGUUUCAACCAGGGAUAUUACGAUCGGUUUUUUGUCGAGGAAAAGAAACUGGGUCGUGGACAGCGUGGGAGUGUGUUUCUUUGUCAGCAUGUACUGGAUAAAGUUCCACUGGGUCAAUUUGCUGUCAAAGCCAUCCCAGUAGGCACUUCGCAUACAUGGCUUGUCCGAAUGCUCAAAGAAGUUCAUCUUCUUGAACGUUUGAAACACAUCAAUAUCAUUGAAUACAAGCAUGCCUGGCUCGAGUACCGCCAGCUCACGCUUUUUGGACCUUCGAUCCCGUGUCUGUUUAUUCUUAUGGAACUUGCAAAUGGAGGAAGUUUGGAAGAAUAUUUACAUAUACAAUGGGAUCCUAUGUCGUGCGAUGACAAGAGCAAGGAAAAUGAAACAAAUCACAAACAAAAAAUGUCAUUCAAGGCCAAAGUUGCUGCAAGACGAUUCCGACGCUCAAUUGGCUCGAGUCCACCAGGACGGAGCGAGUCAUUGGCUUCUGCCAUGAGUUCUAGUAAUUUGGACUGGAAUGGUACAGAGCACAACGAAAGCACGCAUACGUGGCCACCACAAUCAUUGUCAGAUUUGGCAUCGCAGCAGAUUGGUCAAACCCGAGACACGAGUGAUGAUGCCAGCACGUUUAUUCACGGUGGAAUUGGUGUUGGGUUGGAUGGCAAAAAAGUGAGAUAUUUGACUGAAAAAGUGAUCCGGAGUCUGUUUUUGGAUAUUUGUCAUGGACUGGAGCAUCUGCAUCGACACGGAAUCAUCCACAGAGAUCUGAAGCCUCCAAACUUACUGCUGCGAUAUGCAGACGAGCAUCGAAAUGGAAUUCCGCGAGUGCUUAUAUCCGAUUUUGGCGAAUGCGAAGUCAUAUCCGAUGCAAUGGAGCGUGAACGAACCGGAGCAACAGGAACACUCGAGUUUAUGCCUCCGGAACUGUUGCAUAAGGACGUUUGUGGACAGUAUUUACCCAACCACUCGCUCAAAGCAGAUAUAUGGUCAUUGGGGGUUGUUCUAUACUAUCUCUGUUACUCAUCGGUGCCAUAUGUACAAGUAGAUGAUGUGGAUCAACUCAAAGAAGACAUUAUAAACUUCAAGUCAGUCCGGUUUCCAGAAAGUGGCAAUCGCGUUCCAGAAGAUCUAAAGCAACUGAUAUGCCGAUUGAUGAAAACCGAUCCAGAUGCAAGACCUACUGUCGAUGAUAUUUUGAGACGAUAUGAACAAGAAAAUAUGCCAGCAGAAGACGAGACUCAGUCUGGUCGCAGGAAUUCUAUCAUGCCUCGGUUAUCUGCUCAUCACGGUGAUCUUCAAUGUGAUGCCGUCAAUGAAAGUCAAAAUCUCGUCAAUGUUCCAGACAUAACAAAAGUAGCCGAGGUAACAGAGGUAACAAAGUUACUACAAACCGUGUCUGAGCCAAACCAUGCAGCGAUACCGCCAGUUGGACUGAAUGACAUCACACGUGUAAAUCCAUCAUUACAAUCACCCACGACGAUCCAUGUUGGGUUAUGGAUUAUAGCCAAGGUUGGGACUGCAUCGUUGAUUUGUUUUCCCGAAUCGGUUCGAAUGGUUGCUCUCAACACUAUUAUAGCAUCGAUGCUGCUGGAUCUGUAUAUCAUUGGAAAUCCAAAGUUUAUGCGAUGGAUAGCAAUUCAAAUCAUGGCAGCAAUGAUUGGAUAUGCGUAUCUGACAGGAUACGGUUAUGGAGGAAUAUGUAUUUAA